AUGACACUGCUGAGAAGAAAUGGCGCGGGUGAUAGUGGUAGCAUUGUCGAGCCGCCUCUGCCACAGGCAGCUGGAUAUGUGAUUGUUAUUGUGAUCGGUUUCUUGAUCGCCCUUAUCAUGAUGGGCACAACUCGUUUAUUGAAAAAAACCGCAGGAGAAGACAACAACACAACAGAAAUGUUUAUGACGGCGAAUCGAAGAGUUGGCACCGGAUUGACAGCGUCUGCUGUCAUCUCGUCUUGGUUAUGGAGCACCGCCAUGCUUGGAAGUUCGCUUGUGGGCUACAAUUUUGGCGUAGCUGGGCCAUUCUGGUUUGCCGCAGGCUGCUCGCCAAUGAUUGUGUUCUUCUCCCUACUCGGCAUAGCCUGCAAGCUGCGAGUACCAGAGGCUCACACAUUGCUAGAAAUCGUGAGAAUCAGAUAUGGUACACAGGGACAUAUAGUUUGGAUUGUACUUUGCCUAAUUAACAACAUCAUUGCUGUGGCAAACAUGCUGCUGGGUGCCAGCGCCGCCAUUUCCGCCCUUACUGGCAUGCAUAUUAUUGCUGCGACGUUUCUAUUACCCGUCGGAGUCGUUUUGUACACCUUUGUUGGAGGGAUUAAAGCGACAUUUUUGACUGACUACUUUCACACCUUCGUCAUCACAAUCAUUGUCUGCUUCUUUACCGUCAAGGUUUUCCUUGUUCCUGAACUUGGCUCCCCCCAAGAUCUGUUUGAUGUGAUAGCCACAGUGGGCCGAGACCAUCCCAUUGAUGGGAAUCGAGACGGGUCAUAUCUCACUAUGACCAGCAAAGGGGCGAUUCUUUUUGGCAUAAUUCACAUAUUGUCAAACUUUGGACUGGUUGUCAUGGAUACAGGCUUUUUCGCCAAAGCAUUUAGCGCCGCACCACAUGCCGUCGUGCCUGGUUACAUCGUGGGAGGAAUCGCAUAUUUUGCCAUCCCAUGGUGUUUCGGGACCAUCAUGAGCUUUGCAGCCUUGGGUUUGGAAGACACAGAACGAUUUCCCACCUUUCCACGACGUUUGUUACCAACUGAAGUCUCAAGCGGUCUUGUUUUGCCGUAUGCGGCGGUUGCCAUUGCGGGCAAAGGGGGAGCAGUUGCAGUCGUGCUAAUUACCUUCAUGGCGGUUACGUCGACAAUCAGUGCCCAGGUAAUCUCAGUUUCCUCCAUCAUCAGCUUCGACAUCUAUCGACAGUACUUCAACAAAGCUGCCAAAGACGGGGAUGCCAUCCGGUGGAGUCACAUCGGUGUCGUUGGCUUUGGCAUUUUCUCGGCGGCAUUCUCGACGGCGUUGCAUUAUGGUAAGGUGGAUCUUAGCUGGACUCUCUACAUGCUUGGUGUUUUGACAUGCCCUGGGAUCGUUCCAACCGUGUUCACGAUUCUAUGGAAGCGUCAAUCCAAGAUAGCUGCAGUGAGUUCACCGUUGUUAGGAAUGGCGACUGGCAUUGGUGUCUGGCUCGGCUCAGCGUCGGCAUUGUAUGGAGAGAUAAGCGUCGAGACAACAGGCCAGACACUGCCCUGCGUGUAUGGAACAGUGGCCUCUGCCUUUAGUCCAGCGUUGUACUCCAUCGUUUUGACAAGCAUAAAGCCCGAUAAUUUUGAUUGGGCUGCAUUUCGCAACGAGAAGCUGGCGUUUAAUACAACAGCGCCUACAAGUGUUAGUGAGGAAUCAGAAUCGGACAAGAUUGAAAGCAGCAACAAGACGCAUGACGAGCACGUCCAAAGCUAUGCCACUGACAAGGCUAAGCUUAAGCGGUGGAGAACCAUUGCAUCAGUUUGGGCGAUUGCAACCUUUGUUGGACAUUGGGUUCUUUGGCCGUUGCCAAUGUAUGCUGCCAACUAUGUUUUCAGCCAAACCUUCUUCGUGGCUUGGAUAGUUGUUUCCAUCAUCUGGGCUUGGGGAACCAUGCUGGUUGCUGGUUUCUACCCGAUUGUCGACGGCUGGGGCCAGCUCACCCAGGUUUACGCUGCCCUUCGUCAGGGACAUUUCAGGGGUUGA